CAAAUAUCUGACAAUGUUGUCCAGUACUCUUAAAUCGGCUCUACUCACGAUUGCACUCAUUGCUGCAUAUGCGCAAUCCAUUGUAGCAGCAGAAUGCACUCGAGAAGGACUCCUCUCUGCGGCAUAUAGUUAUCUAGCCGCCCAGUCCACUGGCCAACUUUCCGCACUCAAGCUGUCGUCGACGAACUUCACCUACCAACAGAACAACAAGGUCUCGGAUAUUGCCAAAGGGCUUCUCUCGCAGUCAUACAAAAUUGACCUCAACCGUUCAACUGCUGAUACCGUGGCUUGCGCAUCGUACACCAUGUGGAUUUCUUCGACGGGAAGUAAGCCCUAUGUAGUGGGCACCCAGAUCAGACAUCACGACAACGAUACCUCAGAGAUAACAAUGAUUGACACCAUUGCGGCAACCACCGGCGACCUUUUCUUCAAUGCGAAAAAGACCUUGGACUAUAUCAAAGCGGAGGAUUGGACAACCAUCAUGCCGGCUUCUUCCCGACCGUCGCGCGACGUCCUCAAAGCGGCCGGGGACGCCUACCUGGAUAUGUGGACUGAUGCGAAGGCGGCGGACAGGAUUCCCUGGGGUACGGACUGCGAAAGAGUCGAGGGUUCGAUGUAUACGAAGCCAUGUGGCGGAUCUUUGCCUCGGGGCGGCAGCAAGAAAGCCAACGGCAUGCGAAGAUACGUAAUCGAUGAAGAAGCAGGCAGUGUGGACGUCCUUUGUCAGUUUGAUAGCUUGGGGAACAUGCCUGAUAGCCACGAGAUUCGGAUUGUCGCAGGGAAAGUUAAGUACGUGCACACGAUUACGGUAGGGAGAGUAGGGUAA